UCGACUACCAUGGGAAAUACAAAUGUGUGCUGUCCUGUCCCAUCCCAUCCCAUGGGACGUUUCCCAUGGGAUUCCCAUGGGAUUCCCAUUCCUAUGGACAACACUGUGAAUUUGAGUGCAUAAUGAAUAGACGACAGGGUCAGGGAGUUAACCUUACGUCUAAGUCUUUUAUUUAGUGAACACCAGCAUAAACUCUCCAGACUUUGAUGACAAAGUCAUCUUUGUGAACGAGUACUUGUGUAACGUGCACGUGACAUGUAAGUAUCCAGACAAAGGUUCUUCGCCUGUAAGUAUAUAAGUAAGCUGUUUUUCUACCUGAAUCUGUGCAGUGAAUUCCACUUCCUCCUGAUACGUCAAGUCCAUUCUACACCAAGUCCCGAGCAUGUUGAAGAACAUAUAAGUACCAGAAGCUAAAGGUUAGGUUCCAUCUUGCACUUGCUUUGUCAAGAUGUGAUAACACACAUUUAUAAACUUAUUCUUAAUGCUCGAAACCAUACAGGCACACGCAUGGAAAUAUGACCGAAAGAGAAAAUCACAGUGCAGUAAUUACAAUGUACGUUUAAUGUAGACCUUCCCUGUGUUUUCGCAAGCACACUCACAGACUAAGAAUUGUUCGCCUCUAGACCGACAAUGGUCAUCGUUGUACGGCGCAUGCGUCACACCUACAAUCUCGAUGGUUUAAAACUAGUAGUAGUAGUAGUUUAUGCAUGUUGUCCAACGAGUGUUCCAAUCUUGUUUUGUACUAAGCCGUAGGUUCUAUGUUCUUUGUGUGAGAUCAAGAUCAGCUUCCUCAGGCUCUUGUUCUCGAAUGCCAGGAUUUUCCUUUCCGUUUAAGCGAACAGAGUCCACGAGUCACAUCCGUACAGCAAGACCAUCAUUUCCAGAAUUUGUGCAGCUUGUACGAGCCAGAAAGUCGGGCCUCGGGAGCAGGAAGAAGCACUGAUGUGUGGAUAAUACUGUCGUUGUUGUCAGUGUGGACACAAGCGACGUUCACGCCUCUUCCUUCCUGGUCUCAUCGUCUUGACACUCAGAAAUCACACAACCGGAUAAACCACUGGUCCUGCAUGCAGCUACACAUCAUGUCAUGAUGAAAGAUUUUAGACACUCAAAAGUUUCCGCCUGUUAUUUCCGGUGUUUAGGGCUAGGAGACGGGUCCAUGUUACUCCUUUUAUUCAUUGUCUGAAAUGGCUACGCAGUCGCUCUUGUAUCCAGUACAAACUGUCCGUGAUGUGUUUAAAUACCUUUGCUGGCACCUGCCUGACUAAUUAUCUGAACUGCUCUUCCCUAAAGUCCCAGCUAGCUAACUUUGCUCUUUGACCCCCGUCUUCUAUCAUCAGAACAACACAUGGCCACAUGACUUUUAGUUAUUGUGCAUUGAAACCAUGGCAUUCUCUCCUUUUUCAUAUCCUACCUACUGUUGAAUCCUCUAACGUGCACUGACAACGCACCUCUUCCUUAAACAUUAGUAGUAGACAAUUUCUCAUAAUGCUUGUCCGUUUUUACGCCGUUCCUUCCUUUUCUGGUUAUUACUACUUUCUGCUUGUCUUUCUUUUGUAAAAUUAUACUUUGCCUCUAUGUGAAUAAGUUUCACUUUGUGUUUUUGGUAUUUUCUAAAAGUCGUUUAAGUACUGUUGUUUAUCCUUCCGUAGCUCAUACGUUGUUUGCUUGUUUUUCUUCCUUGUAUGCUGUCCAUAUCUCAUUCUUGUGUUAAAGAAGGAGGUUUCUCUUGUUAACAGAGUACGAGGUUGACGAAUUUGCCACGAAAUUACCAUCAAAUAGUGUAUUAUAUAGAUAUAUCCAAAUUUUGUAUACAAUUCUGUUUGCUUCUGACUUCGUAUCUAUGCUUGACAAAUAUCCAUUGAAAUAGAUGUACGAAAUUUUCUUCUGUCGGCUAAUUUUAGCAGCUGACAACAAAGCCACAAGAAUUUGCAAGUUUUCGUGCAUGAUAAUAUUGUGAAUACAUGAAUAAAUACACGCGAGCCGCUAAACAUAUCUGUGCAAAUAUUUAUGUAAAACACUAUUUCCUUUUAUUUUGUACAAAGUAAAACUGGAAAAAGUGUGAAGAAAAUUAGGCAUCAUCCUCUGAAAAUAAAUUGGCCAGGAAAUACAAACAGUAUUAACAAGCAAUGUGCUGUGAUAUAUUAUCCGUUAGACAACAUAGUGUCUCAUUAGGAGGAAGAUAGCAAACAUUUAAACAUGGCAGCAUGUUUUCAUGACAAUCUUGACUGUUGAUUUUAUGUCGAAAUGAUAUGUAUUUUUCUACUGAGUUUGGCAUUUUAUCAUUUGAAGAUGACAUGAUGAAAUGUAUAUUGUGAUCUGGUUACCAUCACCCACACUCCACUGAUUUUUCUUUUCCAUCUCUUUCAAAAGUUUACAGACAGUUGAGUAACCUGGGGAAAGUUUUUUUGCACUAAACGGGUAUGAAAGAGACUCGUGUGAGCACUGAUGAUCUCUGAUGUCACUCAUGUUUGGAGCUCAGCCAUGUGUGACGAGUAAACCCUCUUUUCUUCAAUUAUUUGAGAGUUGUAAGGUUCACAGUGUCCGAAUUUAUAUGUGGUCUAUAACAAAAAUAUUACAAGAUGGAUUUUGCCAGUAAGAUAUGUUCCUAAAGGCCUUCUUGCUAUUAGUCAAGAAAUUCACUCUUCAAGAUAAUGAAACAUACUUGAUUAGGGUUUACAAGUCUAAAGAGCUUCCUAGUGUUUGCACAUUUUGCUUCUAUCAGUGCUCUCUAUGGAGUCUCAAGGAUUUGUGGUAAGUGAUCGCCUGAACCAUUAUCAGCGUUUGGGCGAGAGUAUAAUUACACUUUUCGAAUUUUGUAAGGAUUAGGGCUAUUAGUCCUGAUACAAUAAGAUUAGAAGAUUAGCUUGGUCACAGAAACACGUAGAAUAAACUCUACAGAAUUUAAAUUAACAUUCUGGCUCUUUGUUAAAUGCCAUCGCUUAAUCUAUUAUAGAUACCCCGCAUCCCCAAAAAAUAGAAUUUAACUUGUUUUUUCAAAGUAAAGACACUAGAAUUGUAUGAUGAUUUCAAAGUAACACAGGUUUUUUUUAGUUUAUUCGUACUGUGAAUGGAGCUAUCAUAGUAUUUUCUAUAAGCGCCACUGCUAUUAUAUCAAGAUUAGCGUUAACCCAAAAAUUUAAUGAGAGCACCAUAAACUUCAGCUGGAAAGUUGUCAUUACAAGGGUGCUACAUGUUCGUUAAGAUGUAAUUGAUUUCCUUUCUAUUCAAUAUAAAUAAACCAUGGCUGUUGAUGGUCCUAUGUUAAAACAAGAUAUGACUUGUAUUGAUACCAAUCAUAUAGCUGUUAAGACCAAAUCCUGUGGUAGUUUUCUACGAAAAGAAACGAAAGUGAAUAGCUCCAUACAUAUGUUCAGGAGAUAUUAGGACUAUACAUUUGAUGUGAUAUGGUUCUAGUAUUUCUACGUCUUAUUAGUUUUCCUUUGUAAUCCACAAACAGUAAUCAACACUAGAAACAAGCCUACAUGAAUCUGUUUGCAUUAGUGGUGUUAACCGUCAACUUCCUGUUGCUUCCUAUAGGUGCUUUAAAGCUCCAUAUAGUAAGAAACGGAAAUAAGUGUACCUAACUGAAUUGCACAUCGGUAAGAAGUGAAUAAAUUGAAAUGCCUUGUUUUUCUUAUCAUUAAAGGACUAAUAUUUUGAUUGCAGAUGGGUCAUGCUGUUGAGGAGGACAGAGAAAUGUUUUGAAGCUUGCUCCACCAAUGAAUCAAGUUAUCAAAUGUAGGUGAUCAAGGAAUGACUCCAGCAGUAAUCCCAUGUUUCAGGUAUUUGCAAAAACUACCCUGAAGACUGUAAAAAAUUCUUUGUUGUAAAUAAAUAUUAAAUCCAUGUUUACUUUUUUCUGGUACAUGAUAAAUUGUUUUGUUUUGUUUUGUUUUGGUUUUGGUUUUUUUUUUUUUUGGUGGGGGGAGGGGUCAGGUAUUCGCAACAAUUAUCUAAAGUUUUGAAGACUCAAAUUCUUUGUUGUAAAUAAAUAUUAAAACCAUGUAUAUCUGCUUGUAUACAAUAAAUUGUUGAAUCAUGUCUAUUUUUUUGUCUGCUGGUAUUUUCCAAGAGCUUUAAAAGGCUGAGAGGUUUUUUUAGGGUGGGGCUUUGAAGGGCGGAGAGAGUUAGUUCUCCCAAAACCCACAAAUGGCCGAUGCACCUUACGCUUCCAUCCCCCGCAGGGCUGGGAGUGUAACUUCCCUUAACGGCCCCAUUUCUCAGCCCGAAAGGGGCCCUUUCGGGGCCAAUGAACUCUUGCAGGCUGUGUUCAAUGAUGAUAGGGUUAUUUACCAUCUGUGUAAAUGCCAUACUUUAUAAUGCUAUGACUAAUACACUGGCAAUAAGACAUAUUCAAUGCAUUUACACUAGUUCUUAGUGGGAGUAUGAGGGGUGCAGGUGCUAGGUAAAACUUCUUACAAUGUGGAUUAAUUUGAUAAAACAGCUGCAUCUACUUACCAAACUGAACAGAUACCAGCUAGAGCUAGAAUGUCGUACAGUCUCUAUGAUUAUUUUUCCGCGCCACGCCAAUGAACUGUGAAGUAGGUAGUUCCCCUUAAGGGGCGGAAUGAGGGAGGGUUGUUUGUUUUAAACUGAAGUUAAAGGGUCGAUUUGUAAUCAAUUCAACCUCGGAGUUUAAUUUGACUACACCAAAUUUGGACGUUAUUAAUUUCAUUGUUAAUUGCAAAUGACAGAGUGUGUGAGUGUGUACAGAUCGAUGCGUGCGCGAGAGGGAAAGUAGAGAAUGAGUUAAGAGAAAGAGAGCGAGAGAAAACCUUAACUUUUUUUGUGUUGUAUACGUAGUAUAAAAUUAAAGUGAUAGAUUUUCAAGAAAUAUACUUAAAUGCACAUAGCUCAGUAAAUUGGACCACAAACCACAAAAAAUUAUGGAGGUAAUUUCUGUUAUUUGCUUAAUACUGCAUGUCAUUCUUUAUCUCUUGGUUUUAAUCUUAUUUAUUUCUAUGUGUGUGUGUGCAUGUACAUUCAAGAGAAAGAGGGUUAGUAUAUGUUUGUACAUGCGCAUGAGAGAGAGAGAGAAUGUCUAAUGUGCCCAUUCGAGAAAGAGAGUGUGCGUGCACGCGCGAGAGCGAGAGAGACAGGAGAACGAGUGGCGAAAGCGCGCGAGCCAUCGAGUGUGUGUGUGUGCGCUUGCGUGCGUGCGUGUGCGAGCGACAGAGAGUAGUUGUGUGCUUGCGUGCGAGCGAGAGAGCGUGUUGUCCGCGUGCGAGAGAGUGUGCGUGUUGCGCUUCCAUGCGUAUGAGUGAGAGGAGAGGAGAACGAAUAGAGAGUUAAAUCCCUUGUUAUUGUAGAGCUUUGCAUAUUGACUAUGCGGGGAACCGACUACUGGAACGUCAGGACAUGUUCUGUUGCAUGCUGAUGUCAGCUUUCCAGCCAGACUCUCCUCACAUCCUCGUCUUCCUGCAAGACAUCGCAGCUAACAUCAUGAUGCGCUCAGUCCUCAGUGUCUGUGUGAUGUUUACUCUUCUAAUACAAGGUGUAGAUUCAGACUCUGAGUGCACUACCAUCAUCAGCGAUUGCUACAGCGCAGUGGUAGACAUAGUAUUCAUUCUUGACAGUUCAGCAAGCGUGUUCUCUACGGAUUUCACUCGCAUGCUGCAUUUUACCCGUGAUUUGGUCUUUAAUCUAAACAUCGAUGGUGGCGAUGCUCGAGUGGGAAUCAUCACUUACAGUCACACAACCAAUGUAGAGUUCUACCUCAGCCAGUAUCAAAUCGAAACAGAAUUACUUACUGCUAUCGACGAUAUCACACACUCUCAUGGUUUGAUGACCAAUACAGGAGAAGCUCUAAAAACGAUGAGAGAAGAGAUGUUCACGGCUGUUCACGGUGACCGACCGGAAGUCCCAAACGUCGCACUUCUAAUCACCGACGGCAAUUCCCAGCAAGGAGAGAUCACAAAAAUUCAGGCAAAGAUAAGCAAGGAGGCGGGCAUUCACAUCUUUGCCAUUGGCAUUGGAAAAGUUCACCUCUCAGAACUAAUUAACAUCGCCAGCGGACACCUGAGGAGAAUACUUCAGAUUGACUACACCUAUUUCUUUGCCAUCACCCGGGACUGGUAA